AUGGAUGCCAAGAUCGCAGUUGGAAAGAAAACCAAAAAACGUGCCGUGGAACAGGAGGAGUCUCUUGCACAGGUGACGAAGAGACAGAAGCUGGAAGUCGAGGGAGCUAAGCCCGACCAUUCACCCUCUGACCCGGACGAGGAAUCCGAGAGCGGCUCAUCGGAUGAUGACAGCCUUUACGACGAUGACGACGACGAUGACGCCGACAACAGCAGCAACGCGGCUACUGAUGAGUACGGAGACGACGAUGGUUCCAUCGAUGACGACGACAUCCGCGUUACCUCUCUGGCCGAUGUGUACAAGGGUGAAUUGGCGGAUGAUGAAGUGGAGGUGAUUCGAGCAGAUGGGACGAUUGACAUCGUCAAGAAGGACAAGCCGGUUGGAGAGUCAGAGAUCAUGGACAAGAUGAAGAGUGACCGCCGUUGGGACAGAUCCACGUUUCACGGUCAGGAACGGAUAGGGCAUGUAAUCAUCCGGGCGGAGAAGGAAGUCUUCCGCCCUCAGGACAUCGUUGAUAUGUCCGCGGCCGCCAAAGAUGAGGGAGCAACGACCAAGUUAGUCCAAUGCAACAACGGUGACUUUGUCAAGUUGCAGGAGGGUAAAAACAAGGUAAAGCUCAUCCAUGAGCCACUCGCGCCCGACCAUGAGCUGGUACCCUGCGACUGCACAGUGUGCUCGAAGCAAGCUGUAUUCCAGGCUGGGGAGGGCUCGGAGGACCACCCUACAAGGGAUCCUCAGUCUGGUCUGUUCCAGUCCUGGAAGAAGUAUGGAAAGGGACUACGCCUUGGUUAG